CCGCUACCUCUCCUCUCCCCCGCCGCCACACCAAGCUCCUCCGACCAUGGCCACCCCCGCCUUCCUCGUCCUCUCCCUCCUCGCCCUGGCGUCCCUCGCGGCGUCGCAGGCGCCGGCGGCGGGGCCGACCGCGCCGGACUGCAGCUCGGCGCUGACGAGCCUCGCGGGCUGCCUCACCUACAUCCAGCCGGGGAGCCCGCAGAGCAAGCCGCCCAAGGAGUGCUGCGCGGGCGUCAAGGCCGCGACCGCCACCCCGGCCAGCGUCAAGUGCCUCUGCGACGCGCUCCACACCGACUACGGCGUCCCCCUCAACAUGACCCGCGCCGCCGCCCUCCCCGCCGCAUGCGGUGCCAGCGCCGCCGCCUUCAGCACCUGCAACAUUAAAUUGCCCGGCGCCCCUGGUGCCGCCCCUACCCAAGCGCCUUCACCAAGCUCUGGAUCAACACCAGCAACCGGCAGCCCAGGUCCAGCAAAGUCGGCAGCGACCCGAUCUCCGAUCUCGGUGGCAACCCUCGUCCUCGCUGCCUUGGUGGCACCUCUAUCUUACUACUGCCUCUGAAGAUUAUACUCGCCGCGUGAUUCAUUCCAUGGAUUAUUGUGAUGUGUAUGGGCAUUGCUUCGUGAUUUAGUGACAACUUUGUGGAGAGAGACAUUUUCCUGCUAGAGUUUGUUCAGUUUAGCUUACUGUCGCCUGAACUAUGUCUUGGCACCAAGUGGUUGUACAAUAUUUGCAUGGUGUCUCCAGAAUAAAAUUGAUGAAACCACAGCUAGCGUUGUAUC